AUGGAGAAAGUGAUCGAGAUUAAACCUUUUUCUGGAGUUGAGUUUGACAAAAUACUAUCGGACAAAGAAGCAACCCUUAUUUCUUCUGUCAAAAUGCUAUUUGACAAAUUUUUCAGCACCCAGUUGCCAGCUGCAGUAGCUAUGAUGAUAGCAGAAGUCAACAAGAUCAUCAAACAAAAUCAUUCUCGCAUCCCCAUGUUGGAAAAUCAUAUGAGAGAAGCAGCCAAUUAUAAGGAAGCAGAUGGUCAAGAGAAGAUUAUCUCAGAGGUCAUGCAAUAUUUGUACAUGUUGCCGAGCGACAAUAUUGUGACUCUGAUCAACUUGCUUAAACAUGAAGGUUCUCCAUUAUCGAAGCUUCGCGUGCUUGUUCUCCGAGGUUGUGACAUGUUGGAGAGUAUUGAUCAUGUUAAGAAAAUGGAAUCAUUGGAGAUGCUAGAGAUAUCUGGUGCCAGAUCCUUGAAGGAAAUUCCAGAUGAAGUUUUUGGCAAAAUGCCAAAACUUCGAAGCCUUCAUCUUUCAGCACUCCCAGUGAAGUAUCUUCCUUCUUCCUUUUCUGAACUGACAGAACUGCGUUGGCUCAUCCUCAGGGAUUGGUCUUGCUUGGAAGAAGUGCCAAGCUUGAAAGCUUUUAAAAGUCUACAACUUGUUGAUAUUUCUGGUGCUUGUUCUUUGGCAAAAUUUGAAGACAAAAAGGUAGACUCCCCUGUGGAAAUUAAUCCUGAGGCACUCACCUAUUUCUCAUUAGGAGGCUGUGACCAAUUAAAUGAACUGUUCACUCUGAAAACCUGCAGUGGUCUCCAAAUUCUUGAUCUUUCUGAUAAUAAUUCUUUAAGAGAAACCAGCAUUGAUUUCUUAGCUACGCAAGGUCUUAGAAUUCUUGACAUGUCUAAGACCAAAAUCGGUCGUUUACCUUCCAAUCUUAGCAACCUUACUAGACUUGAGUGGCUUGAUCUUUCCGAUAUCUUGUUCUGA